UUCUACAAAAACCUUCUGCUUUUUUUUUUUAGCAAGUACUAAUGUGAAGGCAUUUCCCCUCUAUCUUCAACGUCUCGUGUCGAGCUUGUAGGGUAAGGGUGCGUACAAUAGACCCUUGUGGUCCGGCCAUUCUCCAGACCCCGAGCAUAGCGCGAGCUUAGUGCACCGGGCUGCCCUUUUAAUCAUAUGAAAAUUGUUAACAACCAUUCACAACACCUGCCUGUUUGGAAAGUUGUUAUUUUAAGAAGAAACCUGGAGUGGUGUUGUAAGAUGUGAAAAUUUGGCAAGUUGUCACCUUUGAUUCUGUCCACUCUUGGUCUUGUUAGAUAGCAUUCUGCAUGGACAAAGGAAUACGUUCUAGUCCAGCUACUGAAGAUCCGUCACUUGCAACCGCUAUGGAGCAGAAAAUAAAGGCGUUGGAUAGUGAUUUGAUUGUUUAUGAGGUUUUUGUUCCUAAUCCUGCAAGUUCCUCUGAAUUUAUAUUAGGUCCAUGCUUCAGGGAUGGAGUUCCUUUAGAGCUUGUGCCAUUUUAUCCCUUGGAAAAGGAGAAAAGCUCCUUCUGCACUCUCUGGAACCCGGGUGGAACGAAGCCAGAACUUGGAAGUCAUGGCCAUAUCCAAUUAAAACGUGGAUUAAUUGGGUUGAUCGACUUGAGAAGGAAAAAGGUGAGAAGUGGAGAAAUGCUGGGAUGUAUGAUGCCAUUCAGCUUUCUAAAAUUGAUAUACCCCUUGAGAAAAACCUUCUGUAUGCUGCCUUGUGCUUUUGGUCAAUCUCAAGUAACUCCUUCCACUUUAAUUUUGGCAUUAUGGGUCCAACUGUAUUGGAUAUUGUUGCUUUGACCGGGCUUAGACCUCAUGGAGAGGAUAUUAGCGCAAUCCUCUGCGCCCCUAAGUCAACCUUUACUUUACCGAAGGGCGAGAAGGGUAAAAGAUUAUCUUAUGGGAAAUUUCUUGAGCUCUCCAUGAAAAAGGGCGAUGUAACAGAGGAUGAACAUAUCUCUUUCCUAAUUAUGUGGCUUUCCAAGUAUGUUUUUUGCAAUGGUUCAGGAAGGGUAACAAAAGAAUGCAGCGAAUUAGCCAUUGCUCUUGCUGAGGGCAGGAAGCUUGCUUUUGCUCCUUUUGUAUUGUCUCAUCUGUAUCGAGGCUGUAGAGAUUUAGUUUUGAGAAGGUUUGGUUGUGCAGGCGGACCUUUCUGGAUCCUACAGCUCUGGCUGCAAUCUUAUUUCCCUGAAUAUGGACCUUUGACAUAUGAGUCACAAAAUUGUCCAACUUAUGGUGUUUCCCUGGCUCAAGGCAAGUUAAAACACAAAAGUUUCCAGGAAUGCUUUAAAUUCUUUUAUUCAUGCUCCUCCUGAAGUCCCAGCCAGUUCACUCCAUUUUCUUCUAGGACCCUUGGUCCCGAGUGGCUGAGAUUGUCGCUGCAUCAUCGCUGCAGUAAGCAAGAUCUAAGCGACAUCUGGUCGAGUUACCUUAUUGCUCGAGACCUCCAUUACGGCCUUGUACUGGGCAACUCAAUUAUCUGCAAAGCUGGAGUGGAGUAUUACUCUCCAAAUCAGUUUGCACGACAGUUUGGCAUGACGCAGGCAGUGCCUCUCCCUCCUUAUCAGUCUGCCAAUACUUCAUCACUUGGUAGAAUUGUUUUCCAUUCAGCAAAUUGUAUCCAAGAAGUGGAUUUAAAGUUUGUCCAAUUGAAGAAAGAAUUUUCAACUGUCCACUUUGAUGCCAAUCCAAAAUGUACUCCAUCCUUUGAGUCCUGGUGGUCGACUUACAUAGGCAAAACUCGGACUGAAUCAGCCGAGGAGAUCCUUCGUAGGAUUUGCCCAUAUUUACAAUUAACUCCAAUUACAAUGCAAGAACAAAAGAAUUUCCAGCCAGAGAAUUCAGAAUGCCAUGCACAGAUUGCUGGAGAGCUAGCAAGCAAAAAAAAGGAGGAAUGAAGGUAUGGUGAAAAAACGGAAAAAAAUUAAAAUUUUAGAAGUACCUGAAAAUAAAAGAGAAGUUGUUAAAGCUGUUGUAUGAAUCUUUUGCCCUUUUUUAGUUCUCGUUGUCUGUAAAAGUUGUAACUGAGUUUUCCUUCCAUUAGACCCUUAGAGAUUAUGGGCCUCUCUCUAAGAAUGAGAUCUAAUAUACGGUAUAUAUCUAAAUAGUCACACGGGGCUCACGGCAGUUCUUCUUAACAUAGUUGUUUUUGCUUCCGGCCUUCAUAAGAAAUCAAGAGUUAUUGAACAUUUUGGAAGACUUUGGGUUUGCCAACAUACUUUCCAUGUCUCAUUUUAAUCUUUUUUACCAUGUCAAACUAAAACAUUAAAUCUGUGAUGGAUAGAAUGCUAUUGUUUUUCAGCUUUUAGUUUUCAUGGCAAUGCAUUUAGUUUCAGGAAUGAACUCUUGACACACGUGUACAGAAGAAAGACAUGAACUCCUGGUUGUCUUCUUUAAUCUUCAUUCCAUGCUAAGUGUAAUAUGGCCAAAUUUCCAUGACAUUUGCCGUGACAUAAUAUCCAUUAUAACAAAUUUGUGAA